AUGCAUCCUAAAAGUGUCGGGGAUAUUCGCCUGAGAACCAGCGACCCGCUAGAUUAUCCACUCAUAGAUCCACGCUACUACGAGAAUGAAGAAGAUGUUAAAACUAUGGUUGCAGAUAUAUACAAACACAGAACGCAAAGACGCGCGAACAGACCCAAAUUUACGCACGUAGGCCUACGCACUCACGCAUGCGCACACGCACAUACACAUACACAUCCGUACACAUCCUUAGACACGGUAACACAUAUACGGGACCUUGUUUACAUUUCAUAUAUUUUAACAGGGAUCAAGCUGGCUAAAAAGAUAUCAAAGACAAAGGCAUUCCAGUCUAUCGGGGCAAAGAUUAAUCCGCAUAACUUGAAUGUGCCAGGAUGCACUCAGCACGGCAAAGGGGACAAAUACCUGGAGUGUGUUGCACGCCGUAUAUCCACGACGCUUUACCAUGCAACGGGAACCUGUAAGAUGGGCGCCAGCACCGAUCCGUCUGCCGUCGUUGAUCCCCAGCUGAGGGUGCGUGGAGUAGAAGGACUGAGGGUCGUGGAUGCCUCCAUCAUAAUAAUAGAUAAUUAG